AUGGUUUGUACUUAAGAUAUGUGGUGACGAUCGUACAAAAGAAGAACGAGGUUUAGAACCUCUCAAAAAUGAUCGAUUCGUAAUAAAUAGGUCACGCUGGGAUACAAUCGCUUAUUAUAUAUCAGCUGACAAAACUCUAAAGUCGGAAUAUAAUGAUCAAGAUUCAGUGUAUGAUCGAAAUAUUUAUAAAAAAUUAAUAGAUAAUGGAGUUGAUGAACUUUUGGCACGCCAUAUAUCUUAUUUAUUUAUUCGUGAUCCUUUUUUUGUCUUUGAAGAUUUGUUGCAUCAAGAUGAUGAAUCGUCAUCAAAUCAUUUUGAGAAUAUUAAUUCAACAAACUGGCAAACAGUACGCCUCAAACCUCCACCACCAGACUCAAAUAUUGGUUGGCGGGUAGAAUUUCGUUGCAUGGAAGUUCAAAUAUCUGAUUUUGAAAAUGCUGCAUUUGUAACUUUCAUGAUACUUUUGACUCGCAUUAUUCUUAGUUAUGAUCUAAAUUUUUAUAUGCCAAUCUCAAAGGUGGAUGAGAAUAUGACUAUUGCUUAUAGGAGGGAUGCAUUAAAUACUGGAAAUUUUUGGUUCAGAAAGAAUAUAUUUGCAAACUAUGAUGGAGUUGAAGAUGAAUUUGAACAAAUGACUAUUAAUGAAAUUGUAAAUGGCAAUGGUAACGAAUUUCCGGGGUUAAUUAAUGUAAUAUUUCAAUAUCUCGAAUCAAUGAACAUUGAUAUUGAAACAAGAUAUCAUUUGGGAAAGUACCUUGAAUUUAUUGGCAUGCGAGCUAGUGGCAAAAUCCAAACGGCAGCGACAUGGAUAAGAAAUUUUGUACGAUCCCAUCCAAAUUAUAACUAUGAUUCAAUAGUUUCUCAAGAAAUUAAUUAUGAUCUUAUAAAAAUGGUAGAAGGAAUACAAAAAGGUCAAGUUAAAGCGCCUGAAUUAUUGAGUGAAUUUAAAGUUUAA